AGGAACAUUUACCCAGGCACCGCAGUGUGGGCAGGACCUUGACCCCUUGGUCUCACUGUGGCAAGUCACUGCUUUUCUUCAGUAUGUAAGGAUAAUUUUUUUUUUUUUUUUUUUUUUUUUUGCCGUGCCGCAUGGCAUACGGGAUCUUAGUUUCCUGACCAGGGAUCGAACCCGCGCCCCCUGGAGUGGAAGCACAGAGCCCUAACCACUGGACUGACAAGGAAUUCCCUUUAAGGACAAUUUUUGAGUGAUGCUGGUUUAACAGUCGAGGAGUACUUCAUAAGUAGCCUAAGAAAGACAAGUAGGAGAGAACUUAUCCUGGGAGGUGGCAAGCUGCCUUGUUCCCUUACAGCAGGUGUGAUGACCAAGGUAUGCACCCGAUGAUUCAUAAGUGUUCCAGAAAUGAUAAACCCCAAUUCAGCAAAUACUGGAAGUGACAAAUAACCAAGCAGGUUCAUACACAUCGCCUCCUUUAGCCAGCCCCCCCAAAACAAACAAAAACAAUCAACCCCCCAACACAGCCCUCGAAGGUAGACAUUAUUUCUUACAUGUGUUUCAAAGGUGAGUAGGAGCCCUCAACGUCGCACAGCUUGUGAGAACAGAGCAGGAGAUGUGCCUACGUGCCGUUUUGUCCUACCCAGGGAGGUGACAAUUUUUGCAGAAAUGUUUCACUUGCUCUGGAAGAGGAGCUCAUUAACGAUCUGAGAAAUUCAUUCGCAAACUUCCUCUUUAAAACAAUUUUUUAUCGAGGUAUAAUUGACAUAUUACAUUACGUGAGUUUCGGAUGUACAACAUAGUUAUACAAUUAUAUUUUUUGCUUGUGAUGAGAACUUUUAAGAUCCACUCUCUUAGUAACUUUCAAAUGUGCAGUGGACCCUACCUCUCUGACAGAUUUUACCCUCAUUUGGACACAGCCUCUGAUUGGUUGGUUGAAAAUAAAGUCAGACUCCUGCUGUAAUAGGAGACCCCUGGGUGGGAGUCAGGAGACCUGGAUUUCUGGCUACACCUUUGCCAUGGAAGAGCUGUGUGACCUUGGGCAGGUGCCCUCCCCUCUCUGGGUCUUUCUGGGUCUUCUUCAGAAACAGUGCUGGGGUGAGGUAGAAUGAUGCUGAGUGCCCAUCCAGUCCUCAAAGGCUACAGUCUGCGCUUCUGCACUAGCGUUACGUUCUCCUACCAUUUAGAUCAUGUAGGACCCGCUUCACCUCUUUUCUGUCCAUUAAUAGGAAUAUACUUUCUUUUUUCCUAACUGUCUAGAAUGUAGUAAGAAAGGAAGUGAAUGUUUCUUAGUGCUCACUAUGAACCAGAACUUUUGCCUUCCAACCAACCUUCCUUCCUCCCUUCCUUCCGUCCUCCCGUCCUCGUACCUAUGAGAAUGACAUAAUCAACCUCAUUCUGAGCGUGAGGAGAGAGAAGCAGAGACCCAGAUAAGUGACUUGUUCCAGGUCACACAGGUGGCAAACGGCGAGUGCUAGAGGUAGAUUUUUGGAUUCAUUUCCGUCCCACGCUGAGUUCACCCCAUUUUCCCGAGACCAUAACUUCAAAGACGUCGAUAACAGGAAUAGGGUUGGUUUCAAAGCCCCUCUCAGGAAGUUGACUCUAAAACAGGAGGCAGCAAACUUCAGGCCAAAUCCAGCCACCACCUGUUUUUUGUAAAUAAAGUUGUAUUGGAGCACAAUUAAAUUAGCUUGCUGGUGUACAGAUCGUCCAAGGCUGCUUUUCAGCUACGAGAGCCGAGUUGGGUAAUGAUGACGUGCGGCCCCGCAAAUUCUAAAAUGUUUGCUAUUUGGUCCUUAACAGAAUGUUUGCCAGCGCCUGGUCCAGAGUCCAGCAAGGCUGUCCCGCCUUCAAAGAACACAAAGUGACCUGAGUCUGUCACAGGUGCUGGGAGCCCUGCCACUCGACUUCUUAGGAAAGGGGGAUGUUUCUACUCAAACCUGUUUUUGCAACGUCUCAGGAUACCUGUCCGGAAGAUGAAGGGCUUUGGUUUUCAGUGUGCUCUUAUUCCCAGGAACUCCGUGAAGGGGAAAUAAAAAUCUCAAUUUUGGGGAAAUUGCACAGAGGAAAAGGGGAGGGAAUGGGUUACAACAUCCCAUUGCGACACUCAGCAGGGCUGAAAGUGACAACAGCAAGGUUUCUCGUUUUGAAAAUGUGAGGGCGUUUCCGUUUCUCACAGUGGGACAGGGUGGCCGCAGCCUGGUCUUGAGACAGCCUGCUAUCCCCUGGGAAAGAGACCCUGUGAGAUGCAAGCCUUCAGAAUCUGGGAUGUCAACCAGAAGACCUUCUACCUGAGAAAUAACCAGCUAGUUGCUGGAUACUUGCAAGGACCAAAUACUAAAUUGGAAGAGAAGAUAGACGUGGUGCCCAUCGAGCCCCAUGCUAUGUUCCUGGGAAUCCACGGGGGGAAGCUGUGCCUGGCCUGUGUCAAGUCUGGUGAUGAGAUCAAGCUCGGGUUGGAGCCGGUAAACAUCACUGACCUGAACAGCAGCAAGGAGGAGGACAAGCGCUUCGCCUUCAUCCGCUCCGACAACGGGCCCACCACCAGCUUCGAGUCGGCCGCCUGCCCCGGCUGGUUCCUCUGUACCGCGCUGGAGACCGACCAGCCCGUGGGCCUCACCAAUACGCCUCAAGAUGCUGUCCAGGUCACCAAGUUCUACUUCCAGCAAGACCAGUAGCGGUGCUGUUCAGCAUCCCUUGCCCCCCACUCCCAGCACAUCUAUGACUCCAGAGAUGCCUCCCCCUCCCACCCGGGGGCUUGCCAUGGUGCAGUGAGCGCUCAGCGGGGCAGCCUUGGCCGGGGGUGGGGGCGGCCCUCGGAAGGAGGUACGAGAGCCCUGGGAACAGCCUCCUCUACUUACCCAGCCUCUACGAGGCCUCUGCCAGGUCUUUCUAAAGUGUACAUGGGAUCACGGCCCCGAUCAAAGCCCUCAGGGUCGCCUGUACCUUCAGGGUAAAGUCCAGGCACCCUGGCCAGCCCCAGCUCCUCCCUCACUUCCCUUCCAGGCCCCAGAGCCCGCAGGCCACUCGCUGACCUCCCCCCAAGGGGCUCCAUUCCUCACUUUGCAAACUGGUGCUUUUCCAAGGGCAAGAAUUUUAGGCUCUGUGGCAAAAUGGAAAACAAGCGUUUCCUGGUUUUUUUUUUUUUUUUCAUUAAGCCAGCUUUGAGAGAGAGUCCUUUAUUUGGAGAUGAUGUCCUUUCUGGAAGGGGGUGGAAGAUUAAAAUAUCCCCUUGUUUAGGAAAUGAUGGUGAAAGGAGGUGAUAGCUUUUCCUCUUUGUCUUUCUUGUUUUUGUGAUGCCCUGAUCUGUAAAAAUGAAAAAUUAGUGGACUAGGUUGGUCCCCUAGUGUUUUUCUUUGUGGAACAUUCCUAUAAGUCUAGACCACCCCCCGGCCCAGGCCCCGCGCGCCCUGUCCACUGCAGACCUCCUGCAGCUGCCUGCAGUGCUGUCCCCUUCCCUGCCCUCCCGUCAGAAUCCCCCAGCUCCCAAGACACAGCACAAAUGUGGCUUCUCCGGACCUCCCGGGAGGAAUGAAUCGCUCCUUGACCAUUUUAGCACUUCCGACACCCUGAGACUUGUUUGGAAGAUGUUGUGCCUCUGUCUGUCUCCCCACCAUCCUGUGAGCCCCUGAGAGCAGGGACCUUGACCCCCCCCCCCCACCGACGUCUUAGGUCUCUGCAGGGCCAAGCACAUGGCCUGGCCCUCAGUAGGUGCCCUCAGUGAACGUGUGUUGUAUGUGUUGAGUGGAAAGUUUCCUACUCCCUGUGACCUGAGCUUUGUUUUACAAUAAAACCUUGAAAACUUGAAAACUCA